AUGGCAACCGUGCUAGAAGGCGAGGUCAACCAAGCCCCCCUGCCGCUGUCUGCCGACGAGGAGAGGGCGCUGGCGCUCUACGACAAGCUCCGCGAGCUCCAACUUGAGAUUGCCAUAAUCAACGCGCAGCACAAAGCUCAGGAUGGUGGGUUUAUCAUGGCCCGGAGGACUACAAGGCAGGAAAACAUGCUCAUGACUGAAACAGACGCGUCAAGUGGCGAGAUGACGGCAGAAGAGACCGACGAAGCCCGCAAUCAGCUACUGGACACCAGAGCGCGAUACAUGCUCAGGAACUCGGUGGUCGAGGCAGUUCUCUCAGCAAACCCAAUUCUCAAAGCCGUCCAUAACGGUACCGAUGCUUCACCGGUGGAACGGGAUCUUCUCUCAUACGUAGAGAAGCGUGACGAGGCCUCAAUUGCGGUCGCCAAGUUUGCAUUAGAGAGAGGCGAGCUCCGCGACAAGGCAACAAAGGCUCAGAGCAAGCUCCUGGCGAGGGCAGGGCACAAUGCCGAGCUCGCGAGCAAGCUGCUGGAACUGGUCGCUAGAAUCGACGAGAAGAAAGGCCAGCAGGACGAUUCUGCCGCUCAAGAGGCUCUACGUGAAUUCGAGGGUGCUCUAGCAGCAAGUAGACGCCGCUGGAGGGUCAUCAAGGGAGUUACGAGUGGUCUCAUUGUAGGCAGUGGAAUAGACUGGGCGCGAGAUGACCGUCUAAGAGAUAUCGUCCUCGACCCGGAAGACGACGACUAA